CGACCGACGGCGAGGUGCGGCCGGCGUGACGCGUCUUGCUUCUCUUGACGGCGGCGAGUGUCGUGCGCAAGGAAGGAAGGAGCUCUCGGCGACCUGGUACCUCGUGACCUUUUGGCGGACGGCGGCAACCCGCGGCCGGCGCCAGGUCCUCUUGUCUCCGGCAUCAGGCGACCGCGUGCCCGCGGGAGUGGCGGCGGCACACCAAUCCAGCACUCAAGAAAUUCUCCUCUUGAAGCUCGACUGCCCGACCUGAGCACCCGUCGAGCUUCGGUGAGAUGGAUAUUCUAUAUCAGUGCAAAGAGAUCUUAAAGAUUCAGAAGUUUAGGCGCCUGGCGUCCUAUGCUGGAUUCUAUUCCUUCACUACCCUCGUUACCUAUGCUUACACAAGCAAUACGACAAGGGCUGGCAUUUCAAGGGCUGAUCAGUAUUACGCCUCCUACCCUUCUGGAACUGAGCUACUAACUGACACUGCAAAGCUUUACAAGGCUGCAUUAGGUAAUUGUUUUGAAAUAGACGACUGGGGUCCAAUAGAGUUCUCCAUCAUGGCAAAGCACUUUGACCGGCAAGGAAAACCACCAUAUGCUUACCAUGCUCAAUACAUGUCGCACCUUCUAUCCCAUGGCCAACUCGAUGGAAGUGGUUAACUGCUGGAUGUGUGUCACUUGACUCUCGUAAGGCCUUGCUACAGUUUGCCAGCUACAAGUACUGUAUCGGGUGUCGUAAAAAAAGAGAUUUCUUGUUUGAAAUCCCGAAUUUUGCUGUCCCAUGACGAUUUGAAAUAAAAAUAGAAGCUGAGUAUUAGGCCAGGAUGCCAUGAAA